AUGUCCAGAUCCAAUCAAACAGUGACGCAGUUCCCGGCGUUGGACCACGAACCUCGGGGACACGGUGAGUUAUUCAAACAGAGAUUAUGCAAAUCAGAAAGUGGCCGGGACAUUUGGAAUAGUACACUCGGUGUCAUAAUCUCUUAAUUUCGCGCGGCAGUGGCUACCGAAAAGUCAUUAGGCUAAAAGGUUCACCGUCUCAUUUCCUCGAGGAGGUUAGACGGGUAAACACAGCUGCUCUUGCCAGUGUUUCCACCUAUUUCCUCAUUCUUCUUCAUUCCGCACUCGAAAUUCGUAUUUCGUUCUGAAUGUUUUAUUGGCAAGGUGAGAACUAGAGUAGGAAUGCCGAAGAAACUUGAAUCCCAAGCCUAAGAAUGGCUCUUCUCGCGAGCGCACCUUUCCUUUGUAUCGUUUGCCACAAGAUUAUCUGCCAAAACCGUGCUGACCGGCAAACAAGUAGAUACUUCCCACGGAACAACUGUUAUUCAUUGUCAAAGCGAGAAGAGCCUCCCGAGGGUUGUUGACUCACUCGUAUCGAAUGUCACAACAUUGCAGGACCACCUCCAUCUUACCGAAACUCGGCCGCCACCGAGGACUCGUGGAGCACCAUGUCCGGCUCGAAUCGUAAGAGGAAAAAAAAGAGAAGGAGAAGAUUAAGAUGAGCUAAUUUCAGAAGCAAUGGGACAACGCCGGAGCAGCUGGAAUAAUCUGGUGCAGGUCGGCGGAGAUCCAAUGGUUCCGAAGCAAGCGGUAACAGUUCGGACCCUUCUUUUCGUAUCAUCUUGUUCACUUUCAGCCACCACGUCCUGCUGCCCCCAUUUCCACAACCUUUUCAGCCAACUCUCGUACUUCCUCUCUCAUGGGAAUGCAACCUGCUCCGACUGUAUUCACCACCCAGUUCUCCGUACGUUACCCCUCAAUGUUGUGUGUUUUCUGUAGCUCCGUCUAGGAAGUUGAGACAGUUCACGCGCGAGUGCAGUCCGUCCGCUACAUAGACGAAAACGGCGAUGAUAGUGGUAGAAGCACGAGUCGGGACACCGUCACCGAGGUGCGCGAAUGAGCAUGAAUUGGAAGAGAACGGAGAGGAAUCGGAAAGUCUGAAGAUGAUUUAUUACAGGCACAAGGACAGGCACUCCAAAUGCAGAAAGUGUACUCGAAUGAGCCGAGACUUGUGUCCGUUCCGAGGCCAGCGGGGACCAUCCACAGCUCGAGCAGCAUGCCUCCGUCCCGUGCCCCCUCGAUUAUUAUGGCUCCGAACCCUUCUCCUCCGAUCACUCAAAAGAAAAUUGACACGAAACCGAAACGUAAUCGACUACAAGAACUCAAGAAUUUGUGAGUAUCAUAAGGAUCACUUCUGACCAAACGCAAUCUUUCAGUUGCACCCGUCCGUCAGUGAUGGGCUGCGCUCUCUGUCUUCUGCUGGCCCUCAUCGUUGCCAUCAUCAUCAUUGUCAUUCUUUCGCAAGUCCUUCCUUCGCCCAAACAAGCCACAUUCACUUGGAUCGCCCCUCAAGCUCUUACGAACGGACAGAACGUUUCGUCGAGAAUUGAAAUGAAAGUGGAUCAAGAGAGAAUUCGAUUCCAAAUGACCGGCGCCGCUCCGAUGAAGGGCAACUUUAUCAACUACUAUGAUUUCAGCAGUGUAUGUGAAUAUUCCUGCUUCCAUUCUAUUGAACUUUUUCAGAACCAAGCAAUAGUCAUCGAUCAGUCUCUGAAUUCGAACGGAAAGAACCUUUACUGCUUCAUCGUUCCUCUCGACCGCUCCACGAUGCCAAACCAGGGACAAGUACGGAAGGCGGCCAAGAACUCUGUUCUGCGACAUCAACAGACUGACGGAUGGCAAGAGGCGUGGACAUGGAUUCCGUCGCCACUUCAGCAGACUAACAGCGUAUGUUGUUUUUACCGUUCCCGAGGUUUCUAGCAGGGGUUUUCAGAAUCAGAAUGCGUUCAAUCCGCCCAUUCCCGAGUGCAAUGGAUCGAGAAUCGUUCAACUUCAAGCGACAUCUGACCAGAGAAGUGCUCUUUUUAACUCAACACCUCUUCAUUCCAUCUGAUUACUUUCAGAUCGUCGCUGCACAGACUGCUACGACUUCUGCCUCCCCCAGUACGGAAUCAUGAAGAACGCAUCGAAAGACAACGAAGAGUACCUGAAUGUCGUCCAAAGAGACUGCUUCUACCUGUUCGUGCCAGAAUGGAGAACGUACGCGCAAGCGAACACGAUCGAACAGAACCAGCAGGAUUUUGAGAACUACUACCGGAACAGACAGCACAUGCAAGUGUCCUACGGCAGCAACGGACCGAACGACAGCCGAUGGAUCCCGUUGAGCGGCAUGCCACGUCAAAUGAUGAAUGCAACUGGAUCAUUUGUCGGACAGAUCGGAAAUGCGAUGGGAAAUCUCAGGAACAAUGUGUACGGUGCAAUCACUGGACAACAACAACAACAACAACAGCAGCAGCCACAACAACAGGGAAUGCAGCAGCAAGCUUACGGAAACGGAAAUACCGCAUACGGACAACAAACCCCCUAUCAGAAUGGAAACGGACAAAUGAGCCAGCAGCCAAUGAGUCAGCAACAGCCACAGAUGGGUCAGCAGAUGGGAAUGGGACAGCAGCAGCAGCAACAGCAACCUUCUGGAUACCAUCCGGCUGUGAAUGGAGUAGUCAACCUGAACGGAGUGAAUGGAAACAACGGGAACACCGAGUAUAAUGUUCAGCCAUUCCAACAGCAGCAAGGAACUCAGCAAGCAAUCAGCCCGGAGAUGAGAAGACAGGCGGUUAGUGGGAAUGGGCAGUUCCGAUUGAAUAAUUUAGUUUUCAGCCGUACACUUUCCAUUCGAACGUCAACAGCGGAUACACAAAUCAACAGUAAGUUUCUUCAUUCUUCCUCUUAUCAUGUAAAUGUUUAGGCCACAAGUUUCUUCCGGAAGCUCUACAAUGAACGGUUUCGGUGCUCAGCCCAGUUAUCAAACUUCUCAAUUCGGUUUUAACAAGUGAGUACUUUUGAGCAUUGUGCAUUCUCUCUUCUCUGCGCUUCGAGAGAAUAUGCUUUCCUGCUUCCUCACUUCGAAAAAGGUUUCAUCAUACACUAUUCAUUUACAAGAUUAGGUUUUUCGGAUUAGUUAGGAUUAGUCAUUAAUUUCGUAGAAUGGCGUUGCGAAUUCAAUUUUCGCUUAUCGCAGCCAUUCUCUCAAUUCGCUUCGGGUCCGUCCUAAAAGCCUUUAAAGGUUCUCUCGCCGCGCGCGACCUAUUUCUCCGUUUGUCAACGAAAAACAAACAAUUCAUUGUAUCUUUUGUUACAGCAACGAUCCUCGAAAUCAGGCAAACGGAAUGAGCAACAGUGUGAACGGGCAGCAUCAGUCGGCCGUCAGCAGUCAGACAAAUGCGCCAAGGAUCGGAACGUAAGGGGAUAAAACGAAAAUUAUUAUUAAUUAAUGAUUUAUUGAAGGACAACGCCGUUUUUACAAUUAACAAAAAAAAAGAAAAGUAGAGAAAAAGAAAAUGAGUUAAAAAUUUAGAGCGUUAAGAAUAAGAUAUUUGUUUAACGGAAUAGAACUAAUAUUUAUAUGACCUAAACAAUUCAGAAGAGUAUUUAUUAGUAAAAAAGACUAGGGGAUAGAUUAUUCCAGCAAUUGAUAAUUCUAUUUGUGAUAAAUUGAGCGCAUAUUUUAGUAGAAUGUUUUAAAUGAGACUUGAUAUAAAACGGGUGGCGUCGAAGAGAGUUAAACCGGGGAUGAACAAUAUGAAGAGUGCUAUGGAUUUUGAUUGUUUUUAUUUAUUAACAGCUUAUACGUAAAAACUAAUCAACAAAUCGUCUAUAUUCAAUAUAACAAAACUCAAUAGAAUCAAAAUAUGAAGUGUAUGGAUAAUUGAAUUUUUUGAAAACACGAAAUAUAAAAGAUUUAUAUGUUGACCCUUUGGUGUGAUGAAUGCCUGAUAAUAAUCAAAAUACUUCAGCAUUCUGAACGAGUUCGGCAAUCCGGUGAACAUCCAUCCAUCCCAACAGUCACUUCAAAGCCAGCAAGGGAAUCAACAGCAACAAAUGAAUCAGAUGAGCCAACAGGGUCAAAUGCAACAAGUGGGACAGCAGAAUCCCAACUACAUAGCCACAUCUGGAGGAGCGGCGCAAGGUGACAAUGGACAGUUCUCUCAACAACUCCAGAGACUCAUGGUACCUAACUAUUCGUCAGUGCUAUUAUACUAAUGUUCUCUUUUCCAGGGCGCCCAGUCCAGUUACCGUCCAGAUGUGGAGCAGGUCAACUACAAUGUUCCCGUCUACAAUCAACCAAAUCGACCGGAUGCUCUUUCUCGUCAGGGACGAAUCUUUAAGUAA